AAGUGGGUGGACGGUGAGUCAAGAUGAUUGCGUUUGAUGAGGCAUCUACAGUACAGGUGAAUCUCUGGCUUCUGCAGCUGAUGUACAGAGCAAGACUUGGGUAGGAGCCAUGAAAAAGAUUACAGUUCACCUGGCGUUCUCUUCCAGGAACCAGAAGACAGAAGCAUUGUGCCCUUUCUGCUGCCAGUUUUAAAUGUGGUGCAGUGGGUGAAACGGAGUUGGCAGUGCUGAAGCCCUUUGCAGGAAACUUCAAAUGCUGAGUUUUACGAUGAGACUGUAUUGGAAAUGUUUGGAGAAGAUGCGAUGCUUCCGGAAACGUUCAACUAUUCCAGUGCUAGCUGUCCUUGUUAUUUGUCUCCUUUGUCUGAAUCUGUACAUGGAAGAUGACAGAUAUGUAAUGGAAGGAGAACAAAGAGUGGCAAGAGAAUUAACUUCCCAUCAACUUAAUUCAGAAAAAUACGUUCAUACGUUCAAAGAUUUGACUAACUUUUCAGGAGCAAUUAAUGUAACAUAUCGCUACCUUGCUGGUUUUCCUAUACCAAGAAAAAGAUAUCUCACAAUAGGACUGUCAUCCGUGAAAAGGAAAAGAGGGAAUUAUCUGUUGGAAACUAUUAAAUCUAUUUUUGAUCAAUCUAGUUAUGAAGAGCUAAACGAAAUUGUGGUGGUCGUACAUUUGGCAGAGUUUGACCUCUUGUGGUGCGAAAAUAUUGUCCAAGGCAUCUCCAGAAAAUUUGCCCAUCACAUCAUUUCUGGUCGUUUAAUAGUUAUCCACACUCCUGAGGAGCAUUAUCCCAGUUUGGAUGGUCUCAAAAGAAAUUAUAACGAUCCAGAGGACCGCGUCAGAUUUCGAUCUAAACAGAAUAUAGAUUAUGCUUUUCUACUUAAUUUCUGUGGCAAUUUAUCAAACUAUUAUGUCAUGCUGGAGGAUGAUAUACGCUGCUCUAGAAACUUUCUCUCUGCCAUUAAAAAAGUAAUUACCUCAAGAGAAGGUUCCUAUUGGGUAACAUUAGAGUUUUCAAAGUUGGGAUACAUUGGAAAACUAUACCACUCUCGUGAUCUCUCACGGUUGGGACAAUUUUUAUUAAUGUUUUAUCAGGAAAUGCCAUGUGACUGGCUCCUAAUUCAUUUCCAAGGCUUACUUGCCCAGAAGGAUGUUAUACGAUUCAAACCUUCGUUAUUUCAGCAUAUGGGAUACUACUCGUCAUUCAGAGGAAUGGAAAAUAAACUCAAGGAUGACGAUUUUGAAGAAGAUUCCUUUGAUAUUCCCGACAAUCCCCCUGCGACUCUUUACACCAACAUGAAUGUGUUUGAACAUUAUGACCCUGGUAAAGCAUACAGCAGUGUGGAUGAAUAUUUUUGGGGGAAAUCUACUUCGGCUGGGAAUUACUUCGCUAUUGUGCUUGAGAAACCUGCUAAAAUUGACAAACUGAAAAUCGAAACAGGGACAGACGAGAGACAAAAUGACAUUUUGCAUCAUGGAGCAUUAGAGGUUGGUCACAAUGUGGUGGUGACAAAAAAGGGAAAACAGUGCUCCAGCUACACGCCAUUAGGACAAUUUCAACACGGGAAGAUUGAGAUUCGAGACAUUGGUCACAAAGUUGAAUUUGACAUUGACUGUAUUCGCAUUCUGGUAACAGAAAGCCAGAAGGAAUGGCUGAUUAUCAGGAGUAUUAGUAUAUGGAUCACCCAACAAUAAAAU